AUGGAGUAUUGUGUAAUUUGCAAGGAAUUAUCAACCAAUGGCCUCGAAACAGUGGAACUCAGGCAAAAAGGAAGCGAUGGCAUCAACAAUGCAAGUAAACUACGUGGCGACACACUCCAAACUUUUGCAGGACAGCGUGUACAUCAAAAAUGCAGGCAGAAAUACUGUCAUGUAAAGGUUAUUCGUUCCUACAUAAAGAAACAUACGGCUGAUGAAGAAACAUCCUCUAGUGCAAGUCGUACCCUGCGUUCCAGUGAACCAACAUUUGAUUUUGGUGAACGAUGUUUAUUUUGCAGCCAGCCUGCUAAACUUACGGGAAACAAAAGAGGACAUGAUGUUUUUCCUGUUAGAACCUUAGAUUUUCAAACCACAUUAAACCGAAUUUGUGAGGAGCGAAGAGACGGUUGGGCUGAGAAAGUGCAUGGCAGAAUAUCUUUUUCCCAAGAUCUCAUUGCAGCAGGUGCAAUUUAUCACCAAGUUUGCAGUACCAAUUUUCGAACGGGGAAGCAAGUACCGCUUUCUCAUCAAACUAACGGAAGCAAACGACAAAAGAAAGGCAGGCCAACUGAUAAGUCUAGGCAAGAGGCAUUCUUGGAGGUUGCAAAAUAUCUUAAGGAAAACGAUGACGAGCAGAUAACUGUGAACGAUCUUAUGAAUAAGAUGGCAGAAUUCAACGACCAAGAACCUUACAGCGCACGGUAUAUGAAAGAAAAACUUAAAGAGCAUUUUGGAGAAAACAUCGUUAUUGCUAGUAUCAAUGGUAAGGCUGAUGUCGUAACAUUUAGGAGUACAGCUUCGACCAUCUUGCAAAAUUUUUAUGACGCUUCUAGAGAUGCUGACCCUGAAGCCGAUAAAAUCAGAGUGAUUAAGGCAGCUGCUGAUCUCAUAAAAACGGACAUCAAAAGUAAGGACAUCUCUAAAAGUUUUUAUCCAUUACCUGGAGAGAUUUCGUCUUUGGAUGAAAACUGCGCUUUUCUACCUGAAACGUUGUAUUUGUUUCUGAGAACAAUAUUUAACGAAAAGAGUGCAGAGCGAAAGAUUGCUUCCAUAGGGCAAGCCAUUAUUCAAGCCGCUCGGCCCAGGGUCCUGAUAGCUCCUCUUCAAAUCGGCCUGGCAGUCCAAAUGCACCACCAUUAUGGAUCCAAAUUUUUAAUUGAUUCCUUGAAUAGUCAUGGGUUUUGCUCCUCUUACACUGAAGUUAAGAAAUUUGAAAUGAGUGCAGCGCAAACAAAAGGCACAGAUAUUCCUGGUUUAACCCCUGGUCACUUUGUACAAUAUGUAGCAGAUAAUGUAGACCACAAUGUCUGUACGUUGGACGGACAGAACACUUUUCAUGGUAUGGGGAUAAUAGCUGCUGUUACUCCGGCCACGCAUCCAGAUUCUCCAAUACCGAGGUGUUCCACCACAGCUGCAGAGAUAGCAAAUAUUGGAAAGAUUGAUAUUCACUAUUACAAGUGUCGGAAAUUGUGCGGUGUUUUAUUACCAUUAUCUUUGUAAACAUGAGUUUAAGUUUCAUUUGAUUAAGUAACGUGAUUUAAAAGAAGUGUUAAGUGACGUUGGAACCUGAUAGCAUUGAACUUUGGAACUGAAAGGAAAAAGAACAAUAGAAAAGAGAGAAUGUAAUGUACUGUGAGAAUCAAGAGGAGACGGGAAGAAAGAAAUAAAACGAGUGAAUCGGGAUUUCUGUGAGUGUGUUAGAAGAUCGUUCAGCUUUGGAGGCAAUUCCUAACACAAUUGGCACCUCCGACGGGACCUAUUGGGAUUUUAGCUCAAACAAGAGCAAGGGAUUUGCGGAAAAUCAAGUACAUAGCGACGUGAUCAAGGGAUUCGCUGAGAUUUGGCAAAUCGGCCAAAACAACGCUAAAGCUGAAAAGGGCCAACGCGAUGGAGGAACUUACGAAAGAAUUUAACGGAAAGAUUCUGUCUCUAAGAUUCUCUCUGACUAAGAAUGAUGAAGUGAUCGCUUCCCAAAACGCAGAAGCUAUAUCGAGACACGAGGCACUAUUAAUGUCUAAAUUGCAGUCCGCUCAUACCGUGAAAGAAUCCAUUAUCGAGCUGAAAUUUACAAAUGGUGAAUCAGAGGAGGAGGUCAGCACUUGGGUGAAAGAGCACGACAAAUUUCUAAAGGAAGCGGAUGAAAAGGCCUUGGCAAUAAGACAACUAGUGGGGAAAAUGGAAGAAGACAAGCGACUGGCAGACAAGAUGGAAUCUGAUAAAAAGGAAAUGGCCCUCGCGAAGAUGAAACACGAGGAGCGAAUGAGCCAUGAGCGUGAGCUGUUAGAUCAACAAGUGAGAUUUCAAAAGGCCGUAGAAGCCAGUCAGCAAGAACAAAAUGCAAAGAAAACCGUGACUGCAAAGCUGCCAAAGCUUUCUAUCACAAAAUUCGACGGAACACUUGCAAAUUGGCCGCCGUUCUGGAAUAAAUUCGAGGCCGAAAUCGACAAAACGGAAUUAGCGCCUGUGACAAAAUUCGCCUACUUGAAAGAGCUAGUGGAGCCCAAAGUCAGGGCGGAUAUCGAUGGCUUGCCGCUAAAUACAGAAGGAUAUGAAAGAGCGAAAAACAUAAUAAAGGAAGAGUAUGGGAAAACGAGUGAAAUUGUCAACGCCUACGUCAAUAACAUUCUGGAACUCCCCACCGUGACGAACGCCGACCCGAACCGAGUGAAUUCUUUCUAUAAAACCCUGCUAUUUAACGUCCAGUCACUGGAAACACUUGGAAAAAUCGAGAGAGUAAACGGGAUGACAAGAAGCGUGCUAGACAAAUUGAAAGGAAUUAAAGCCGAUCUGGUCAGGGGACAAGAAAACUGGCAAGACUGGGAUCUACCUCGUUUGACCCAGGCCCUGAAGAAAUGGAGAGAUGUAAACCCAGCGACUGAAGAAAAUAACGUCGCAAACAAGUCUACGCUCCCCAAGCGCCCUGAGAAAAAAUCUCCCCUGUACCAUGCAGAAAAUAGAAACCAGCGCCUUUGUGUUUACUGUGAUGACGCCAAUCACAUCUCGCGGGAUUGCACGCGCGUGUCCACGAUGGACGAGAGGAAGAGAAUGCUCGCGCGGAAACGAAUGUGCUUUAAUUGUACUGGGCCGAAACACCAUGCUGCCGAAUGCAAGAGUAAAAUGCGAUGCCAGAAGUGCGGACAGAAACAUCAUACAUCGAUUUGCAACCAAGGAGACCAAUUAAUGACUGCCACCGGGAACAAAGGGCGUGUAGUUUAUCCUGUUGUGAAAGUAAGCGUGGAGGGAGUACUGUGUCGUGCACUUCUAGAUACAGGAGCUGGGAGUUCAUAUGCUUCGGCCGCGCUGUUAGAGAAACUUCCCAAGCGCCCUCGUGCAAAGGAGGUUCGUCGAAUAGAAAUGAUGCUGGGAUCGACCACACGUGAAGUAGAACUUUCCACAAUCAAAGUACGCUCAACGGAUGGCAGUGAAGAAUUAAACGUUGAUGUUACCAAGGUGGAAAGACGGGAAUUGCUGAUGAUCGAUAACCCACACUAUCAAAAGAUUAUCAAUUCGUACGAUCAUCUAAAGGGAGUUGAGAUGACGGACUGCGACCCUAAGCCACAUCUUCCAGUACAUCUGAUAUUAGGGGCGAGCGAGUAUGCAGCGAUCAAGACGUCCGAACGGCCGCGCGUUGGACUGCCAGGGGAACCAGUGGCAGAGAAGACUAAGCUGGGGUGGACUAUUAUGUCACCGGGAACUGAGAUUGACCACGGGAAUAUGCUGCUGACCCAAACGAGUCACGUGGACUAUGCAGAACUAUGUCGGUUAGACGUUCUAGGGCUUGAAGAUACCCCUGAACAUGAUCAGCGCGCAGUCUACGCAGAGUUCCGAGAGCAAUUGGUACGGCAUCCCGAAGGCUGGUAUGAAGCCUCGCUGCCAUGGAAAGGUAACCACCCGCCUUUACCGAACAAUAAAGAAGUCAGUUUGCGAAGGCUCAGCAACCUCCACAACAGACUUCGACGCUUGGAUGUGACCGAGACUUAUGCAGAGAUCAUCGGAAAACAGAAGUCCGAGGGAAUAGUAGAAGUUGCAAGUGAUCCGCCGCAGGAAAAGAAUUCUACAUUCCCCACAAGGCGGUGAUUCGUAUGGGAGCUGAAACUACAAAGUUGAGGAUCGUUUAUGACGCCUCAUCUAGUGCGAAACCCCAAGUUCCAAGCUUAAAUGAUUGUCUGUAUGCCGGGCCGCCGCUUCAAAAUCACCUGUGGAGUGUUUUAGUACGCAUGCGUUUCCAUCCAGUCCUUAUCACUGGGGACCUGCAACAGGCCUUUCUCCAGGUGCGCAUCAAAGAGGAAGAGAGAGAUGCACUCAGGUUUCAUUGGAAGACCAGCGAACAUUCUGAAGUAGAAGUGUUGAGAUUUACUCGAGCGCUGUUUGGUCUUGUGCCUUCUCCCUUUCUCCUCGGGGGAGUGAUAGAGUGUCAUCUUGAAACCUGGGAAACUCACAUGCCACAACUUGUUGCUGAACUGCGCAAAAGCCUGUAUGUAGACGAUCUGAUCAGCGGGAAACCAACAGUACCCGAAGCGCAACAGCUGAAAGAGGGAGCUAUUAAAAUCUUCGCGGACGCUAAAUUCACACUGCACAAGUGGCACUCGAAUGUUGCCGAGUUAGAAGGGAGUGAAAGAAGAGUCGAAGAUGAGGGCACGUUUGCCAAACAGCAGCUCGGCCAAUCAAAAGCAAAGACCGGUGGUUUGCUUGGACUCCCGUGGGACAAACAGGAAGACCAGAUCAGUGUCGUUUUGCCUCAAAAUGAGGUAGUCGCGUCCAAAAGAGCAUUGUUGCGUAAUCUAGCAAAAAAUCUACGAUCCCCUUGGUCUUGCGGCGCCUUUAACUAUCAAGGGAAAGUUCAUCUACAGAGAUGUAUGCAACGUGAAAGUGGCCUGGGAUGCGCCGCUACCCCACAGCUAGCAAAUCGGUGGACACGAUGGAAGAAGGAGUUACCAGCCGAGGUCAUGGUAGCAAGGGCCUUAACGUGUGCGCAAGAGCAGAUUGAAGAAAUCGAGCUUCACGCCUUCGGGGAUGCAAGUAAGAACGGAGUGUGUGCAACAGUGCAUGCAGUUGUGAGACAGCCAUCGGGUGUGAGCCAGGGAUUGGUUACUGCAAAAGCUCGACUAGCGAAGCAGGGGCUCACCAUUCCGCGAUUAGAGCUGGUGUCGGCGCAUAUGGCAGCAAAUCUUAUCACAAAUGUAGGAAGAGCGCUCCAGGGUUUUCCCGUGAAACAGUGCUAUGGAUGGCUGGACAGCUCAGUGGCUCUCCAUUGGAUAAAGGGUGGUGGCGAGUACAAACAGUUCGUAGCAAAUAGAGUGAUGAAAAUACAAGGGCAUUCAGAGAUCUAUUGGCGCCAUGUGCCCACCAAGGAAAAUCCGGCAGACCUGGGAAGUCGAGGAGGGCAAGUCGAUGACAGCAAGCUGUGGUGGCAAGGACCGGAGUGGCUUUCAGACAAAGACAGGUGGCCUACAGACAUCGUGACAAGCGCUACUCCUGAGAGCCAAACAGAGGCUAAAGUUACCAAAGAACUUUUUAAUGGAGCCACUGCAUCAACUGACUGCCUUGAUGAUCUACUGGGAAAGUUUAGCCUGAUAAAGACGUUAAGAAUUGUCGCCUGGGCCGCGAGAUUCAUGCGAAAUUCACGCCUAAAGAAACAAGAAAGAAUGGCGGGUCCGCUGACAACCUACGAGAUUAAUGAACAACAUCUGUUCUGGACCAAGCGCGCUCAAGAGAUUCAAGGUGAUGAAGUGACAGAAGACCGGCAAAGGCUGGGGUUAAAAGAGAAUGAGCAGGGGAUUCUCGUCUGUCGAGGUCGAGUUCAGGACACUACCCAGUCUAUCUGCCUGACAUGCACCCCCUACACAGUGAAACUCGUUGAAGAAGCCCAUCGUCGUACUUUGCAUGGGGGAGUCGGUUUGACAAUGGCGCGCACCAGAGAGCGUUAUUGGGUGCCGAGGCUCAGGCGUCUGACCAAAAAAGUGAUUAAGCAGUGUUAUGGUUGUCGCCGUUUCCAAGUUAGGGCCGCUGCUAGACCACCACCUGGAAAUUUACCACGAGACAGAACCGAAGGAAAUCGCGCCUUUCAAGUUGUCGGAGUUGACUUCGCGGGACCCAUCAAGUACCGUGUGACCCAGAAGAAGGAAGGAAAGGCAUACAUAAUCCUUUACGCUUGCAGCCUUACGCGAGCACUCUAUUUGGAACUCAGCAAGAGCAUGGAGACUAGCGAGUUUCUAAGAAGUCUAAAGCGCCUAAUAGCCAGGAAAGGAAGGCCGGAGAAGAUUUAUUCGGACAACGCAAAAACGUUUGUUGCCGCAGCAAGCUGGCUAAAACAAGUCCAGCAAGAUGAGCAGUUUCACCAUUACCUGUCGACUGAGAACAUCCAGUGGCAAUUCAAUUUGAGCCGCGCCCCAUGGUGGGGCGGUCAGUUUGAGCGGUUAGUUGGCCUGGUGAAGCGUUCCCUUAACAAAACGAUUGGAAAUGGUCGCCUCAGAUGGGGGGAACUUGAAGAUGUACUCCUGGAUGUGGAAGUGACCUUAAACAACCGCCCACUAGGUUACGUGGAGGAUGAUGUUCAAUUACCUUUGAUCACACCUAACAGUAUGCAGUUCAUCGGUACCACUAUCCUACCAGAGAAGGAACCACAUCGUGAGCUUCGUGAUCUACGUAAACGGGCUAAGUACAUGAAAAGGUGUAAAGACGCCAUGUGGACCAGGUGGACCAAGGAGUACCUCAGAGGCCUUCGCGAGCGACAUAACUUGAAACAUGACGGGAAGGGAAGCACUUUGACUGUUGGCGAUGUUGUCAUAGUUCAUUCGGAAGAUCGAAACAGAGGGAAAUGGCCACUGGGGAUAGUAGAGAAGCUGUACACUGGCCGGGAUGGAGUGGUUCGAGGAGUUAAGCUGCGGGCGGGAGGUGGUCACCUAGAGAGAGCAGUAAAUCAUCUCUACCCCUUGGAACUGUCGUGCGACAGGACGCCUUUGACACCCCAGGAACAGCUAAACCCGGAGGCUCGAGAGUUCAGACCCACCCGGGACGCAGCAAUUGCAGCGAGAGUACGAAUGCAAGAUAUUGCUGACGAAGAGCAAGCCAAUUGAACAUUGAACAUUUGAAUUUAAGACGACUCCGUGUAGAGUUUUGAACAUUGAUCCUUUGUUUCUUUUUAUCGAUUUCACUUACAAGAACUUUUAGUUUUGAUUCAGUUUCUGGAGAUAAACGCAACAUAUGCCUCCUAAAUGUAGGCAUAUGGGGGGAGGGUGUCGGAAAUUGUGCGGUGUUUUAUUACCAUUAUCUUUGUAAACAUGAGUUUAAGUUUCAUUUGAUUAAGUAACGUGAUUUAAAAGAAGUGUUAAGUGACGUUGGAACCUGAUAGCAUUGAACUUUGGAACUGAAAGGAAAAAGAACAAUAGAAAAGAGAGAAUGUAAUGUACUGUGAGAAUCAAGAGGAGACGGGAAGAAAGAAAUAAAACGAGUGAAUCAGGAUUUCUGUGAGUGUGUUAGAAGAUCGUUCAGCUUUGGAGGCAA